UCCGCCCGUCCCUAGUGUGUAAACUGCACAUCUCUGCUGGCGUUCAGACUGUGUUCAAGCCUGCUCACGUUCACCAUCAUCAUUCUCAUCUCUCUAUGGCGGGUCAUACGGCCAUGCAGGGUAUCUGGGGCAGUAACACAUCCGCGGGGAACGGGAUGGAGAAGCCGCAGAAGAAAGGCUUCAGUCUGGUCAGGAUCAUGUCUCUGAAUUACAGAAAGCGGAAUAAUACGAAUCCACAGCAGCAGCAUCACAGCAACAUGCCCUUCAUGAUUCACUGCCACAUUGGCAAAGAGAUCAAACACAUAUGCAGCAACUGCAGCCGCGUCAGCCAUGAACAGGACGCAGAGGAGGUGGAGAAAUUGGCCUCCAUUCGCUCUGAGUCCCUGGUGUCUGGCACACACACGCCUCCCAUUCACUGCAGGAGCAAGCUCAGCACACUGGAACGGCUCUUCAAACCCUGGAAGUGGAGGAAGAAGAGGAGUGAGAAGUUCAAGCAAGCAUCCACAGCUCUGGAGAAGAUGUCGAUGCAUCAGAGCAGAGAAGAGCUCAUCAAACGAGGUGUGCUCAAAGAGAUCUUUCAGAAAGACUGCAGGGUUCCUGUCGUGAAACAGGAUGGGCGUUUGGAGACGGGGCUGACGUCAGGGUCUGUACCCAGUGCUCUAGACUGUGACAGGACAGCAGAUAUCACAGACGCACAGAGGACGGUCACCAUUGACUUCCGGCCGUCUUUGGAUGGAGGAAUCUGUGCUCAGGACAACACACUGAAGAAAUCUCUUACACUUCCUCCAAAGAAAUCAGUCACCUUUCCUGCUGAUCUUCAGGAAACUCCUGCCAAACCUCAACUCAUUCACAAACAACCACCGGCUCUCCCCCCGAAACCUUUCCCCAGACUGACCAAUUAUAGCACAGACUCUUGUCAGUUGAAGUUGUCAUGUACACAGGGAAAGCUUUCUCCUCCUCUACCUCCAAAAAAAGUCAUGAUCUAUGUACCGCCCUCCUCUUCCUCGCCGCUGUCAUUCAUGCAGAAAGCCCCACCCUUCCUGCAGUAUGGUCAGCCGCUGCAGCUGCAGUAUGGCAGUGUUCACACAUCCAGCAGCAUCAUCGACGAGCUCCAGAAGGCGCUGGCGCUCACCUUGCACAGACUGGAGAGCUCUGUGGGGCAGUACAGUGUUCCUCUGCCAUCAGUGGUGAUUGACUGUGAUGAUGAUAAAGAAAACAUUCCCAAUGAAUCCGAUUAUGAGGAUCUGCCCAGCAUGUAUAAAGAGGAGGAUGAGGAGGAAGAUGAAGAUGUGGAGGAGUAUGAUUCUUUCUUCACAAGCACGCUGGCAUUGAAGAUCUUGAGGAAAGACUCUCUUGCAGUGAAGCUGAGUAACAGACCGUCUGAGCGAGAGCUUCAAGACAAGAACAUCUUACCAGUGCAAACGGAUGAGGAGAGACUGCAGUCCAGACAGCAGAUAGGAACCAAACUCACACGGAGAUUGAGUCAGAGACCCACAGCGGAAGAACUGGAGCAGAGAAACAUCCUUAAACCUCGUAAUGAGCAGGAGCAGUUGGAGGAAAAGAGAGAGAUUAGGCGCAGACUCGCAUGCAAGUUGAGUCAGAGACCCACAGUGGGGGAGCUACGUCAAGCCAAGAUCCUGAUCCAGUUCUGCGAUUACGUGGAGGUGGCAGACGCUCAGGAUUACGACAGACGCACAGACAAACCCUGGACACGACUCACUGCAGCUGACAAGGCUGCCAUCAGAAAAGAGCUGAAUGAUUUUAAGAGCCAUGAGAUGGAGGUACAUGAGUCCAGCAGACAUCUGACCAGGUUUCACAGACCAUAGACCACCACUGUCUGGAGGACUGCUGCCUGAUGGCCAUUUCUCCCACAUCAAACACAAUGCUGGACAGUGAACAGCGCCUAACUUCACAAAGAACAAGACAUCUUAAAUGCCUUCUGCAAAACUCCUCGGGACACCACCAUCACCAUAAGAUGAGCUUUCAUAUUAGCAAUGUCCCACGCCACCUCCUGUGAACAUCUGCAAUGGCAGUCACCUUUAUUAGCAUCCAUACAGUUACAUUUAAUACAUUAAUCUCCAUAACGGCAUUUUUGAUUGACAGCUCGGCUUGUGCGGAAAUUACAUUUCCCCUCGCAACGACGCCGGCAGACAUCAGAAAAAGACCUUAAUCUGUAUCUGAUUCCCAAGUUGUGUGCGGGCGCCAUUUUCAGCACUUAGAAGCACUUCUGCAACAUGGCAUACUUUUGCACAGACUGCAUUUGCAUACAAUGUAUUGCAUUCGUGAAACGUGAGCAGAACUAAUUUCUGGAUAAAUGGUUUGUGAAACCAAAGGUUGAAGACAUUUAUGCAACAGUUCUCACAAGAAUUGUUUAUGAACAGUUUACACAAAUUGAAGCCACAAGUUACGUAAGAUGGUUUUAUGACUCGUUCGUGAAAUACGAGCUGUACGAAUGUGUGUAAUUCUGUGUGUCGUGUAGCUAUUAGUUUUAUGAAGGAUGUACACACAAAUUGAUGCACCAAUUUACAUAAGUGGUUUUAUGAACAAUUUACACUGAAAUUGAUGUAACAAUUUGUGCAAGAAUUUUCUUUUAAGAAUUUACACAAAUUGAUGCACCAGUUUAUGUAAGAAGUAUUUAUAAAUGAUUUACAUAGAAAUUGUCACAACGAUUUACUCAAGAAUGGAUGUAUGAAAGAUUUAUGCAGGAAUUGUUGCAACAAUUUUCGUAAGAAUGGUUUUACGAACAAUCUUUGCAGAACUUGUCGCAAUGAUUUAUGCAAGAAUUGUUUUACAGAUGAUUUACGUAGAAAUUGUCGCAAUGAUUUACGCAAGAAAGGUUGUAUGAAAGAUUUAUGCAGAAAUCGUUGCAACAGUUUUCGUAAGAGGUUUUACAAACAAUUUACACAGAACUUGUUGCAACGAUAUAUAGAGAAUGGUUUUACCAACAAUUUACGCAGAAAUCUUUACAACAUUUUAUGAAAGAAUGGUUUUAUGUACGAUUUAUGCAGAAAACCCGUGCAUCAAUUGCAAGAAUGGUUUUACGAAGGGGUUAUACAGAAAUCGUUGCAAUGGUUUAAGCAAGAACGGUUUUGCGAACGAUUUACACAGAAAUUGUUGAAACGUUUUAUGCAAGAAUGGUUAUGCGAACGAUUGACAUAUUGUUGCAGCGAUUUAAACAAGAAUGGUUUGACGAACAAUGUACACAGAAAUUGUUGCAAUGAUUUAUGCAAGAAUGUUUUUAUGAUCAAUUUACGCUGAAAUCUUUGCAACAGUGUACAAAAGAAUGGUUGUACAUACGAUUUAUGCAGAAAACGUUGCAACGAUUUAGGCAAAAAUCAUUUUACGAAUGAUUUAUGCAGGAAACAUUGCAACAGUUUACACAACAAUGGGUUUAUUGACUAUUUACGUAGAUUUGUUGUAGCAAUUUAUAAAACAACAGUUUUACGAAUGUUUUAUGCAGAUAUGCGAUGCUUGUGUUUCACGAAUGAGGCCCACUGUUUCUCUUGGAUUUUAAUGUUCUUGUGCCCCAUGCUGGUUCGUAUGCAUCGUAGCCAUCAAAAUAAUUACAAGUAAAAAGGUUUAGUUCAUCAUCUCGACAUCCUCGUCGUUCCGACUACAUGGAUCUCCAUGGCAAACUGUGAAUUCUAGAAAAUCUGGAGUCAUUUGUUGGUGCUUGAUUCAAAUGUACAUGAUGUUUAUAUGACAUUAUUUAUAAGGAUAUUUUUAAUGUGCAUUAUUCAAAGAAUGGAAACAGAAGGGCUUGCUUAAGAAAAGCUCAUGAUGAAACAUACAGAGGUGAUUGAUAAAUCAGUUUAUUAUUUAUCUAAAAUUAAUUUUAUUUUAAUGUCUGUACUUUUCUUGUUGAUCUUUUUAUGAAAAGUUCUUUGGAUGAGCAUCAUUUGGUUUAAUCACUUAAAAUCCAGCACAACCAAAAACAAAUUAUAGAGCUGUCCAUGUGUGCAUAUUAUGUUUUUUAUUUAUUUUUAUAUAAUUUUGAGCAGUUUCACAUCAAUUGUCUGCUUCUAUAUUUGUUCUUUUUUUUUGAGUGUUUUAAAAAAAAAUUCUAAUGUUAUUCAGACUAAGCAAUAUUCAUGCAGGCAAAUGUCCCAAAAGUAAUUAAUUAUAAAUAUUAGUUUUAUAAUUAUUAAUAUUAUUAUUGUAAAUGUUAGAGCAUUUAUUUAUUAUUUCGCCUGUCUGUGUCUUUUUUUACUUUUGUUGUUUUAUAUUAUUUAUUUUUAAGGGUAAACUGAUAAACGCAUUGUAAUGUAGAUUUUCACUAUAUUUAUAGUACAAAUACAAACUACAGAUGGUAUUGCAGGGUUUAAACACUGACAGCCAUUUGUAAGUCAUAGCAAUGUUUCUGACGUUUAAUGAACACUACAGCAUGAGCUGUUUAAUAAUGACCAGGCAAAUUAAGAUCACAUGUCUAAUGAUUCGAUUGUGUUGUUUUGAAAGUGAUUACAAACCAUAGGCUUUGACAGUGUGACUGUUUAUUAGUGCUGCAAUGAGUAUUUUAUUACUAGGGACUGAAUAAUGUCAAAGUUGCUCUUGUAAAUCAUCAAAGACCUUUUUGCAACAUCUCAGUGAUUAUCUGAAUAUUUGCACCGACCAAGAGCUGGUUGAUUUUAUCCAGGUCUGUAAUGACUCAUUGCAGUGAGUAAGGUACAGUAUAGACAUUCAUCAGUUCUUCUUGAUAACUCUUGAUUGUUUUGCUGUACUUAGGAUAUAGAUAUUUCAGAACUUAAAUCACGCACUCUUUUCUGCUUGGUUGUUUUUAGGUCUUUGUUGAAGUUAUUUUUAUGAACCACGUCAUACACAUGAAGGGGGUUGGUCUAUAAUGUAUGUAGAUGAUAGACUGAUUAACUAUUUUCCUCUCCAAACUGUGUCUGUCCUGUCGGUUCUUUGUUAGGGACUUUAGGAAUUUUAACUACGUUGAUUAAUAAAAUGUUCGUCUUCAUUUUUUCUGUCCCUACAAUGGACCCAAAAGUAUUUGGACACUGCGGUCAUACUUUAAAAUGCACAUAUUUCAUUGCAUUACAUAACAAAACAUAAAAAUAUAUAUUUUUAUACACUUAAUGAAUUAUUAAUAAUUAUUAUAAUUUAUAUAAUUUUAAAUAUGCUUGAUUUGAUGUAUUGUUAUUUAAUGCAAUGACAAUGAGACAUUUUUAAGUGUGAUUUAAGUGUCCAAAUACUUUUGAUUCCACUGUAUAUGAAUACUCUGCUGUGGUAAUACUGCAGCUCCUCUUGAGUACUGUAAAGUAUUUUAAUGACAAGCAGUUUGCUACAUUUGUCAUGUAAGUAGACUCUGCAUUGAGGUUAUAAUUUUUAUUAUACAUUUUAUUUUAAACCAUGUUUAGAGUUGCCAAGGGGUAAAAUUCACAUUAAUGUGUUAACAGAGACAUCGUAAAAUCAGUGAGCUUUUGGAAAGGUCAAAGUGUCAGCAUGUGCACAAAAUACUUGAUAUUGCCAAUUAAGAGAAUAUAAAAUUAUAAUAUUUGUUCAACCAUGUCCAGUAUUUUUUAUUAUUAUUAACCCUCCAGUCAACUCAGCUAAAAACGUAUUCUGCAUGCACUUUAAUUUAACCUAAUAUGCACAUUUUAUCUUUCAUUUGUAACGUUUGAAGUAAAUUUGUUAUGAAAGUUGAAUUAUUGAUCUCAAAGUACUUGAAGCAAGACAGAUUUCAACACAAAACAAAAACUCCAUCUUUAAGAACACAACUUGACAAUUAUUACCAACUCUUAAAAUGUGAUUCCAGAUCAGAUAAAAUGCAGUUGCCAUUGACACCAAAAGGAAUUUAAAGAAUAUCUUUCAGGAUUUUAAAACUCUGUUGCUCCAGGAGCAGGAUAUUAUUGCACUACAAUACAAGUUUUGAAAAAGAAAUGCACAAAAUUCUUAAGGAAUUUCAGUUUAUCCAGCAGAAUAUCAUUUAAUUCCCAUUAGCCCCUUUCACACAUACAGCCUUUUCCAGAAAAUCUAAUGCAUUUUUCAGGUUAGAAGUCAUGUGUGAACACUACCUUUUUGAAAAUACUGGUAAAUUUUGCUCUGUCAGUUUCCUAUAAAUUUCUAUAUUGCUGGUAUGUGUGAACAGCACAUGUGGUACAUUUACUAGUAAAGGCAAUCCAACGAUUUUCCUGUAAUUUACCUGGUUGCAUGUGUGAACGGGGCUAUUGAAUUUAAUUCCCAUUACGAUGCUUUAGAACUGGUUCCAAAUUAUGAUUCUGGGAAUCCUAUAGGAAUAUUUUUCACAUGCCUUUAGGAUUUUUUGACUAGAGAUUGCUUCAGACAGCUUUAUAAAUUCAGCAUUAUGGCACCAAAUGUUGUCUUGUUGGCACAAAAUAUAAAUCCCCAUGCAUAGAGCUAAUUGAAUUUAGUCCUGUGGUUUUUGUAGGGAUUGCAUGGACUUUCCACAGGAGAGUGUCAAACUGACCUGACAGCAUUAUUUGUCACAGCUGUUAAUGUGUUGGGCUGAAGGAACGUAAUGGUUUCAGCAAUAAAUCUGAUGUUAUUUACACACCAUGAGUGAGUGGAAACCUCUUUUACAGUAGUUAAUUUUCAUGUACAGUUUCAAUAUAGGAUUAUGUUCAUGACUUUGGUUUGCUCAGUAACACUGGCAGUACAUGCAGCUGAGAGGACAGAAUUCUUUUAAUUUAAUUAUAAUUUUUUAUUGAUUCAUACAUAUAACAAAGAAAAGCAAAACAUAU